CAGGAGAAUAUGCCCAAGUGUGGCGCGGGCGCUGCGGUGCACAUUAGAGGAGGAGCAACAUCCAUUAUGGAUUGCUGCUCCUUCGCCGAAAGUACUGUGGGUGUCUUUGUAGACUUCAACUUCGAUGGAGAUGCCUUGAUUCACCGAUGCAGCUUUUGCCGGAAUCAGUCAGAUAUCAUUGAGUCGAUGGAACCAUCUCGGCUGGGCGUGGACAUGUGGAGCAAACCAGCCCGCGUAGUGAGCCAGAGGAAACUGCCAUCCACGGCAGAGCUUCCCAGGGUGCAAGACUUGGAGGAGGAACUUGCCCUUUGUGGCCUUGCUUCCCGGUUGCCAGAAAUGCGCGGGGAGUCCCAGGCUCAGUUGGUCAACCCUGCACGACAGCCGCUAUUGAGCCUUGAGCCUGGCUACUAUGCCCUGGGCAAUACUUUCGGAGUGGAUGUUCUCGGCAAGCAGCUUACACAGAAUGACCAGGACUGUCUCCGUGUCACCUUUCUCGGUUGUGGAGACAUUCGCAAUGUACUGGAAACGAUCAGUGGCUGGUGGCAAGGUGGGCGCCCAGGUCGCCUAGAGCUUGUGCUGAAUGACGCCUCCAGCUCAUUGUUGAUUCGAGAUGCCAUGCUGUUGAGCUUGAUCGCUGCAGGUGUUUCUGCCUUGAUCCUGGCGGAAUGCUGGGGUGCCGCCCAAAUUAGCCUGGAGGCCAAGGAGGCGCUGGGCGCUGCCCUCCAGGCAGAUCUUCCCUGGCUCGGGCGCCGUGAGGUGCCGCAGUGGGAUGACAUCGUCCAGGCUUGGAAGGAGGCGACCUUGCGCGCCGAGGCGAUACGGUCGCUGCUGCGGCGCGGGGCCUCGCUGACCCAGGAGGCGGUGCGGCUCACAUGCUUGGCAGUGGGAGAUGAGCAUCGGCCCGAGGUCCAGCGCUAUUUGGAGGAUCUGGCUCUCCAUCCAAGCCCUACCGAAGCAAAUGUGACCUUGCUUGAAGGGCGCUCCCUGCGCUCAAGCCUUUACUUUUCAUCCUCCAUCUACCGGGCAGUGGGGCCUUUGAUAGCAAAGCCAGGGCAGCUGAAGGCCAGCUUGCUCCAGCACCUGGAGAAGCUUUCGGUUCACUGCAAGGCGGCCUUGUCUUCGGGCCGGCUUUGCAUCCACCUGCAGGGUGGAGAUGCCUUCGAGGUCCGUGCCCAACGAGCUGCUGUGGUUGAUACCUCCAACAUGGCAGACUACGUCGGCUUGCCGAACGUGCUGGUCUUGGGUGCCAGGCUGGGGGACACGAUUCGGGUGCAGUCCAUGCAGCGGAAGCAUGAACUCGCAGAUGAAGGGGAACGCAAGAACUUCUUCAAGGAGUGCUUUGGAACGGAGCUUUGCAACUUCGAAGACCUAGCUUCCAUGCAGCUCCGUGAGGAGCAGGUUGACAGUGUUGGCACGCUUUGCACUACAUGGACUCUUUGUGAGCCCACAGCGCCCACUGUGCAGCGAUCAUUGUCUGCAGCAGGAGUUGUGAAACAGAUGUGCAGUCUGAGCAGGCCUUAUGGAAAGUGUGGUGUGUCAGCUUCCACAGCAGUGACCGCAGCCGCGCUUGUGGGUAGCUUGGCAGAGGCCUUCGAAACAGACUAUCCCUGGUGUGCGGAGGAGCUCAAAUUGUUCCGCGGUGGGAGAUGCUUCCGGCUUCACGUCAUGGUGGACAUGUUCUUGGCCAACCGGACGCCUGAUGCCGCCUUGGCGGUGGCAGUGACCGAAUGUCAGCCUGACAUCGGCAAGGCGUUGAAGGGAAACCCAACAUCAGUGCUACACCUCCUACAUUGGAAUCGCGACAAGGAGGAAGUCGACUUCAUAGCCCCAAGCGAUCUCCCAUCACGCCCUGGCUGCGCCUCCCUGGUGCUUUGCAGCGACAGCGUGGUGUGCGUGUCAACUGCUGCCAUGCUCUCGCAGCUCGAAGAUCGUGGCCAACAUCCAGGCUUUUCGGACUUGUCCAGGGAGGCUUCCUUCCUUCUCGGCGGCAGCUGGAAAGUUCAUCGCGUUCAUCAUCAGGAUGGCCAAGUGCAGGUAGACAUCUCCACCCCCAGACACCUGAAGGGGCUGCGGGCUGAUCCGGCCGGCCGUGUAGCGAGAUUCACUGUCAACGGUAAGUGUGAAUUUGACGCAGACACCGGAGUCGACCUAGGUCGUUUGUUGAAAGCGCAAAGGUCAACUGCUUUGGGUUUGGCCUCUUGCAUUUUUGAGGCUGCUUGAUUGAUUGCGUGUUAACAAAA